AUGUCACAGUGGUUCCAUAGAAAUGCAUUCAAAGCCUCAGGAAAUCCGAAUUUCGAUUUAGGACCAGUUGCAGCCGAUAUACCUUCUCGUAUGUACUUGAAUUACAUGCAAGAGAAAAGGGCUGCCCUAAUGAGGUGUUUAUCAGAUCUUACCUGCACGCGAGCAUCCGUGAUUGAAGCAGCUAAUCAAUAUAUAGCCUUUCUUUUGGGGUUUGCAACUUCUCCUGAUACGGGUGACGCCAUGGCGGAUGAAAGUGAUAGUGAUAGUGAUGACAAAAGUGAUGAGCCAACGCCAAUUGACUCUACAAUAAAGGAUAAACAAGAGGAAAAAGAACUUAAGAAGAAAGAAAAAGAAGCAAAAAAAGCGAAAAAGGCUGAAGCUGCUGCAGCUAUUCAGAAAAAAUCUCAAUCUCUUCGUCGCCUUAUCGAAUAUACUUGGACAGAUUCACUCGAUGUUAAACACAAGUUUCCCAUAUCCUUACGAGAUGCAAAUUACGAACUAAUUGGUAUUUGUUUCAAUUUGGCUUUGUGGUUUUCAAAACAUGCUGCAAAAGUUGCAUCUUCCAACACUGUCGAAACCGAGCAGGCUGUGGAUGUUCACAAAUCUCUUCGAAAUGCUGCCGGUCUAUUCGAUCAUAUUAAGAACAACCUCCUUCCUAAUAUGAGUGGAAAAUUCGAGAAGGGCUCCGAUCUGGACCCUAUUGUUAUUGAGUCUUAUAUUCUCCAGAGUUUAGCCGAGGCUCAAGAAGUUACAAUUGCUCGGGCUAUUGAACUCAAACACGAUCCAGGAAUUAUUGCCGCUCUCGCUUCUGAAACUGCUUCGCUCUACGAGAAAUGCAGUAAGCAUUUUCUAUAUCAUUUGCGCUGA